GUGUCUCUUCAUUUUCCUGGUAAACCAGUUGUCUAAACUAAACCUAGCAUCCUACUUCGCUUUUGCUUUAAGCCACCAAACGAGUGUCCUCUUCCCUUCUUAAUAACACAAGAAACACAACAAGGGUUUACACCUACUUCUUCUUUCUCAGACAAAAAAGAAAGAAAAACACACAAAAUAUGUGCAACUCAGAUGGUGAUUGCAGACCCUUGGGCUUUCUCUUGGGUCUCCCCUUCGCUUUUCUCGCCCUCCUCGUCUCGGUCGUUGGCCUCGUCGUGUGGAUCGUUGGGUUGUUGUUGACAUGCAUAUGCCCCUGCUGCUUGUGCAUAACUGUAAUAGUGGAGUGUGCGUUGGAGUUGGUGAAGGCUCCACUGCAUGUUAUGGAGUGGUGCACCUCUCAGAUCCCUUGUUAGCUACCUUCUGUUUUUACCAAUUCCAUCACUAAGUUCUGCUUUUGAUUACUUUUCAUUUUAUUUCCCCUUGGUGAGACUGAGAAUUUCAACUUGUUAUUGCCUCUGUUUUCUUGCAAGGUUAAUAGUUCAUAUUAUUAUUUUUCUCUUGUGCAUAUAGUUAUAACUCUGUACCAAUAAUAAAGGUAAUAUUCUUGCGUACUAUGAUUUCUUUUUAACAUUUUAGUAUAUAAGUGCAGGUAGGGAGUGUCUUUCUUCCGCUAGGUACAAUAAUGAACUUGGAGAAAUUGUUGUUUUGGCUCAUUUU